AUGGAUGAUCUUCAUGAAAAAUGCGAACUAUUAGGAAAAUAUAUGAUUGAAAAUCAUUUCGAACAAUCACUUCUAUCAAGUAUUUGUGAUUGGGAACAAAGAGCAAUAAUAAAAUUUCAAGAAAUUGCCGAAAACACUCGAAAUGAUCUUCAGGAAAAAAUGGAAAAAAUUAAAAGUCAAGUUGAAAUUUCAAUAAAUAAAAUAAUCUCAGAAUUUGAAUUAAAUUCAAAAACAGAUGAUUAUAAAGAAAUUGAACUUGUCAAAUGGUCUAAAGAAAUCUUAGAACUUCGUGGUAAAGAUAUACCAAGAUGA